AAUGCUUUUAACGAAAUGUUUUAUAAGAAGACCAAUUGAUACAGCAGUUAAAUUCCUUAAUUAGCUUCGUAAGACAUUUAAUUGCCAUAAAAUAAUAUGAAAAUUAUAUUUUUUCUUAAACGAGGUUCAACGUGCGUCAAGUCAGACUCAAAAUAUAUUGGCAAACAUACCACGACGCAAAAACCCACUUAAAGCUGGUACACGAGGUCGUCCUAUCGAAGUUUUAACCAAUAUGAUGCAGAUUAAAUUUGGUUCGAAAUUUCAACAUUUAGCGAUUCAUUAUGAUGUGGAUAUAGUCCCUAAUCUUCCAAAAUACUUAUUAAGACCAGCAUUUAAAGCAGCGAAAAGUAUAUUAUUUCCAAAUAGAAAUCCAGCUUUUGAUGGAAAGAAAAAUGCUUUUAGUGCUGGACGUUUACCUAUCGCAGAUCCAGAAUCAAUAACCGUAAAGGUUCAUAACGAAGAUGGUAGAGAAAAAGAAUUUCGAAUUACCUUUAAAAUUGCUAAUGAAAUUGAUUUGUCAUGGCUCAGACAUGUAAAACCUGGUAUAGAAAAAGAUGAUAAUCAUCAGCUUGGAUUGCAAGUUCUUGAUGUCAUAUUGCGCGACGCUCCAUCUAACAAUACAAUAACGAUUGCACGCUCAUUUUUUUCACCACCCAAAGGGCAGGUGCUAUCUUUGGGAGGUGGUCUAGACUUAUGGACUGGAUUAUUUCAAUCGGCAGUUUUAGGCUGGAAGCCUUACCUGAAUGUGGAUGUGUCGUACAAAGGAUUUCCAAAAUCGCAAAACGUAAUAGACUUAUUGAAAACAAUUUGCAGCGAAGAAGGUGGUGGUAGAGGUCGCCAAGGACCAAAUAUCAAUGAUCCUAAUGAAUUAUUAAAUUUAAUUCAUUAUAAUAUGGAUAAUAUUAAGAAAUUUUUAAAAAAUAUAAAAGUAACGGUGGAGAUCCCAGGUCAAGCUACAUCAAGAAGAACUCAGCGUAUUAAUGAUUUAGUAAAGUGCCCUAGAGACAAUAUGUUUGUAUGCAAUGGUUCAAAAAUAAGCGUCGAGCAAUAUUACAAAUCUGAAAAAAAAUAUGUUAUUAAAUAUCCAUUUUUACCUUGUCUUUGGGUUGGUCCUAGAGAUAAAAAUAUACAUGUUCCACCCGAGAUUUGUACGAUUGUGUCUGGUCAGACAGUACAGAAGCCUUUAAAUCCUAAUCAAACAGCAUCGAUGGUCAGAUACGCAGCAACGAGUACCACCAUUCGCAAAAAAAAAAUACUCGAAGCUUUUCAGUCGGUUGACUAUGAGCGAAACCCAUGUAUGAACGAAUUCGACAUUUCCAUUAAUGGUGAAUUUGAAAAAGUACCGGCGCGUGUUUUGGACCCACCACAGUUGUCGUAUCAAAAUGGAAUUUGUCGUGUAGCAAAAGGAAUAUGGCGACCAAAUAAAUUUUUAAAACCAAGUUCAUUAAUUUCUAGCGAUGGUUCAUGGACCAUUUUAAACCUUACCAGAUUUCCCGAUGAUAGACAACUUUAUGAAUUAAAUAAUGCAUUAGUGCAAACAGGUAAAAAUGUUGGUAUGCAAAUUGGUAAGCCUGUAACGCCAUUUAGAAAUAUUCAGUUAAGAGGGUCUGAUAUUAGAGAGCUCAGUGCGUAUUUUAAUGAGCAGAAGAAAAAAGGCCUAAAAUUGAUAAUAGUCAUUGUUUCAGAGACCAAAGGACUUUAUGGUAAAGUUAAGCAAAUAACCGAACUCAAUGUUGGCGUUUUAACGCAGUGUUUAAAAUCCAAGACUCUUAUGAAAUUAUCUGAUGCUACACUUACAAAUAUUUUAUUAAAAAUUAAUGCUAAAUUAAAUGGUAUUAAUCAUACAUUUGAAACUAAAAUGAGUCGACCAAAAUGCCUAAAUACACCGUGCAUGAUUGUUGGUGCUGACGUUACACAUCCAUCACCCGAUGCAAUUAAUAUACCAUCUAUUGCAGCAAUUACUGCCAGCCAUGAUCCUAAUGCAUUUAUGUAUAAUGUUGAAAUAAGAUUACAACCUCCGAGGCAAGAAAUUAUCAGCAGCCUUACAGAAGUUAUCAUAAUUCAGUUAAAGUAUUUUCUACAGAAAACUGGACAUCAACCGCAAAAAAUAAUUUACUAUAGAGAUGGUGUUAGCGAAGGGCAGUUUCAUGAAAUAAUGAAUGAAGAACUCAUGGCUAUUAGAAGAGCUUGUGAAAAAUUGAAUCAAUCCUAUAAGCCACAUAUUACAUUCCUAGUUGUUCAAAAAAGGCAUCACAUAAGAUUAUUUCCUCUUCAGCCACAAUUUUCAGACGAUGCCCAUAAAAACUUUAAUGUCCAAGCUGGUACCAUCGUUGAUACGGCAAUUACUCAUCCUUCUCAUAUUGAUUUUUAUUUAGUUUCACAUGCUAGUAUUCAAGGUACAGCGCGUCCAACCAAAUAUAGAUGUUUAUGGGACGAUUCGGACAUGUCGGAAGACGAAAUUGAGAAUUUAACUUAUUUUCUUUGUCAUAUGUUUUCGCGGUGUACAAGAUCGGUCAGUUAUCCUACACCAACAUAUUAUGCUCAUCUCGCUGCCUUUAGGGCAAGGGCUCUUACCGAAGAUGUGCCCAUUAGUCUGCAACAUUUACAACAAGAGCAGCUUAAGAAAUUAACCAUUAAUUCCGAAAUUUUGAAAGGAAUGCCAAUGUUUUUUGUAUAAAAUUAUUCUUAAAAAUAUGAAUAUUUUUGUUUUUUACACUA